AUGGCUAGCAAACCAGAGAGCGGUCCUUCUCCUGCGCAGGGCGUUGGUCCUCUGUAUCGGCCCGAUGGUGAGAAGCCCACUGCAACAGUCUCAAAGGAAGUCUCCUACGAGAAUGUCCACGUGCUACCUCAAACACCCCAGUUGAUUGCGCUCUUGACGAUGAUCAGAGACAAGAGAACCAGCCGUGCCGAUUUUAUCUUCUAUUCUAACCGCAUCAUUCGGUUGCUAGUGGAGGAAGGCUUGAACCACCUCCCCGUUGUCGAGCAGUCAAUCACUACCCCCGUUGGACGGUCCUACCUUGGUGUCAAAUUCGAAGGAAAGAUCUGCGGUGUAUCUAUCAUGCGCGCAGGCGAGGCCAUGGAACAAGGAUUGCGCGACUGCUGCCGAUCUGUUCGCAUUGGAAAAAUUCUCAUCCAGCGGGACGAGGAGAGUUGCAUGCCCAAACUGUUUUACGAUAAGCUUCCUACUGACAUUGCUGAUCGAUGGGUCCUUCUCCUUGACCCCAUGUUUGCAACUGGUGGUUCUGCAACUCUAGCAGUAGAGACACUGAUCGAGAGAGGUGUUCCUGAACACAGGAUCUUAUUCCUCAACCUCAUUGCCAGCCCGUCUGGUGUUGCUGAGUUUGCGGAGAGAUUCCCUAAACUUCGGGUUGUGACCUCUUUCAUUGAUCAAGGAUUGGACGAGAAGAAGUAUAUUAUCCCCGGGCUGGGAGAUUUCGGCGACAGAUAUUACUCUAUGUAA